AUGUUGAAAUCGAUUCUUCGAAAGCUUCCUAUGCGUCGGGAAGAACCAGAGCCAACACCAGCACCAGAGCCAGCAUCAACACCAUCACCAGCACCAGCACCAGCACCAGCACCAGCACCAGCACCAGCAGCUGCAGUCAACCCCAAACCCCAACCAAACUAUUACAAGGGCAACGUCAUUCUACCAUGCCUCAUCACCGACAUUGCCGCCCUUUACGAUGCCUACUACAAGGCCGCCGAUGAGGAGCCCAUGGCCAAACUGAUGCUGGACGUCCUCUUUCCCAUGGGCAUAACCGACGAAUUCAAAAAGGUCCACGCCGAACACGCGCUCAAGGAAUGGCAUACACACAAAGUGCAAUAUACGCUCAAAGUCGUUGACGCCAAAACAGGAGACCUCAUGGGCAUGGCCAUUCAGGAUAUGCAUUUCGUGGAGCGCGAGGAGAGGGAGCGUGAGAAGCCCGUCUUUGGAUGGCUGGAGGGCGCCCAGCGAGAACGAGCCGAGACCAUCUUAAACCCUCUUUGGGAUGCGAAGGAGAAGCUCAUUGGUGGGAGACCACAUAUGUGUUAGUCAAUCCCUCAUUCUCACAUGUUUUUCUUGCUCCUGUUCACUUAUAAGAGAAACUCACUUGUGAGAUGGACUCACUUGAGUUGUGAGAAAAACUCAAACCAUCAUCCCAAUCCCAUCCAACUCCCUCAAUUAACCUCCACUAACCCACUCCCAGACGGCCACAUCAUCGCCGUCGACCCCAAGUACCAGGGCCGAGGAGCCGGCGCCGCCAUCGUGCAAUGGUGCAUCGACACCAGCAACUCCUCAGGUCUACCAUUCUACCUAGAGGCCUCGCCCUUCGCAGCGCCACUGUACACCAAGAUGGGCUUCGAGACGCUGGAAGCAACGAUUGUGCACAAGAAAGAGGUCCUGGGGACCGAAGAGGAUAUCACUGUUCCGCUGAUGGUUUGGAUGCCGGCGGCUGCCAAUGGCAUGACUUUUGCCGAGUGGAGGGAGAAGGGAUAUCCUGCUUGGGAACGGUGAAGAAAAUCUGAAAGACAGGAAUGUAUAAUGGAGAUAAUACCCAAAUAUUUAUUGUUGA